CUGUAGAACCUUCAAUAACUGAUUCCAUAUUGUCUACUGUAUUAUUCAACGUAAGGCAAAGAAGAAAGAAAAGAUGCAUUCUGUAAAGGAGAAAGUAAGCAACGCAGCUGCCGCUGGCAAAGAGCAUGUUGACAUUCUCAAAGCCAAAGCCGAAGAAAAGGCGGAGAAAGCAUAUGCAAGGACAAGGGAAGAAAAAACAAUAGCAGAAGAGGUAAGGAAAGCAAAAGAAGCAGAAGCAAAGAUGGAGCUGCAUCAAGCCAAAGCACGCCAUGCGGCAGAGAAGUUGGAAUCGAAGCAAGCUCAUCUUGGCGGACUUGUAGGGCCGCACCAUCAUGGUCCUACGGUUGGUGGUCAAGGCCACCAUGUUAAUCCAGUGGGUACUACAGUUCCAACUACUGGUACUGUUGCUCCUGCAUACCCUCUUGGAGGUUACCCUCCUUCUCAUGGCCAUAUCUGAUUAAUACAGGGAAUUAAUAGCAGCCCGUAGUGAUAAGUGUGCUUUGAUUUGUUGAUUAUGUAAUUUCAGUUGUUUUUUUUUUUCUUUCUGUUUUUGGAGAAAUGGAGGAAGACCUUUGAUGAUGCACAACUUUUUAUUGGCAGAUGUUGUUCGAGAUAAAUGAUAAAUAUAUGUUAAGACAAAUUUUACAA